AUGGAUAAAAGUAAACAGAGUUUGGUGACUAUCUUGGUCGUACUAUCGAUUUUUUAUCAGGUUCAUUGUACGGAUUUAACUUAUACCAUACCAGAAGAACAGCCAGUCAAUACUGUUAUAGGGCAUAUUUUAAAUGACACAGCCAAUCUUCAAGGUGCCAUCCAGGACAAGGAUGUCCCUCAUUUGAAAUUCACAUUUUUGUCAGAAGGUAAUGCGGUCACGUCUUUAUUUGCGUUAGAUUCCCAAACCGGACAAUUAGCAGUUGGUCCAGAUUCUACUCUCGACAGCGAAACUAUUUGUCCAUUCUAUGAAAAGUGUCACAUUAAACUUGAUGUCGUGAUACAAUCGCCAUUGAAUGAUUUAUUCCGUAAAGUCUCUAUUAAAGUGAUCCUCGAAGACGUCAACGACAAUCCACCGACGUUUCCGAACGAUGCAAUCACCGUAGACGUAUCGGAGGCAGUUUUGGUAGGAGCAUCUAUACCUCUUGAAGGAGCUUCAGACCGGGACAUGGGCAAAAACAACUCUUUACAAUCUUACGAAAUAGAACCUAGAAAUGAUGCAUUCGGUUUAUCGUUCCGGAAGAACCUGGAUGGAACUUCCUACUUGAAUCUGGUUGUCCAAGGAGAACUCGAUCACGAGAAGGUCAGCAGUUAUUCGUUACGUGUUGUAGCCAAAGAUGGCGGCGAUCCACAACUACAAGGCGUCAUGACGGUUAACGUAACCAUAACAGACGUGAAUGACAACGUUCCAAAGUUCAAGAAAGACAACUACAGUGUCAGCGUUGACGAAAAUGUCACACAAAACUCAGUGAUAAUCCAGGUGCAAGCUGUUGACCGAGAUUCGGGCGAGAACGGACAGAUAAGCUACAAGCUGAGUUCCCACCAAGAUACAAAGAUAACAACGCUUUUUAAGAUCGACCCAGAAAGUGGGGAUAUAUCGGUAAAAAGUGACCUACAAAACGAGGCUACUGAGAUAUACAACAUCAUUGUCGAGGCUAUCGAUCAUGCGUUACAACCGUUUACUAGUCAGUCUGUGGUAACCGUUACCGUAAGAGAUGUUAUUAACAGCCCACCGAAAUUAACAGUUAACAUGCUUUCAGGUGCGACUAUAUCCGAAUACGCCAAUAUCGGAGCUGCGGUCGCACACGUAGCCGUAAAAGAAUCAGACCGUGGAAGGAAUGGCAUCGUGUCAUGUGACCUUAAGAACACCACGUAUUUCAAUCUACAGGGAUUCGACCUUGACGAAUACAAAAUCAUCGUCGCUCAACCAUUAGACGCAGAGCUAGUCACUAGUCUGAACAUUGAUAUAGUUUGUGAAGAUGCUGGUUCCCCUCCGUUAUCUGUAACCCAUUCUUUUGAAAUAACUAUCACUGACGAAAAUGAUAAUUCCCCAAUCUUCGUCAAACCAUUGUAUACAGGUACUAUCAAAGAAAAUAACCGAGAAGGACAGAGUGUCGUUACAGUUCGUGCAUCCGACGAAGAUGCUGGAUUAAACGGACGAGUGAAAUAUUCUUUAGGUUCAGAUGCAACAGAUAACUUCCGGAUUUCACAAGACGGUGGCGUCAUUCGUUCUAACGUACCAUUUGACUACGAAACGCAGAAGUUUGCUAAUUUUACCGUUGUGGCUUACGAUCAGGGAACGCCAAAACGAUCUGCGUCUACGAUCGUUUCCAUCAAAAUUGAAGACAUCAACGACGAAGCACCCAGGUUUUCUAAAGAACAAUUCUCUGUCGAAGUGUCAGAAUACGCCAAACCUGGGGAAUUUGUGGCAGUGAUCAAAGCGUUCGAUUUUGAAUCUGGAAAGAACGGAGAUCUGAUGUACUUUCUUCUGAAUAAGACGCCGUCCAUCCCUUUCACCAUGUUUGUCAACGGUUCGAUGGUUUUAGAUGAGGCUCUAGAUUAUGAAAAGAAACAAGCGUACGAAUUUAAGGUAAUGGCGGUAGAUAAAGGCGAGCCCCCUCUCAACACCACGACAAAUGUAGUGAUACAAGUACUCGAUGAAAACGAUAACAAACCCAUUAUAUCCUUCCCUAAUGUUCCUAAAUAUCUCGUUAAUGUGACAUUUUCCGAUAAAAAGAGCACAGUUAUAACACGUCUUCGAGUAAUUGAUUUAGACUCCGGGCUGAAUGGACAACUUCAUUAUGUAAUAACAAGCCGUAACGAUAGUGGCCGUUUUGAAAUUAAUGCUAAAACUGGAGAGUUAUUUACGACCAAAAGUUACGACUACGAAGAUAUUGACUUGUAUCGUUUGGUAAUCACUGUCAAAGACAAUGGUGCUCCUCCGUUCGCGGAUCAUACUACCGUUUUUAUAAAAUUGUCACAAGGAAAUGGUACGGCUGCGUCUGCUGGUGCGUCUAGCGAGCAGAAUAUUCUCAUAACGCUGACAAUAGUAUGUGUGACUAUAAUCAUCUCUGCGACUAUUGUUCUGAUCAUCGUUAUAAUGCGAAGACGAGAUAGGAAGAAGCAGAGUCCCUUGCGCAACCACCAUUUGGGAAAUAACGAUCCAACUAAGUAUGACAGUAUUUUAAAGAGUAACAACAUCAACGAUAGGAAGGAAGCCAUGAUGGACGAGGCGAACAGUGGAUACGGUGUGUCUUACGACAAGAUGGCGGCGUUACAGACGAAAGACAACUUCGAUUUGAAUCCUAAGGUAAGACAGCAUUUUUUUUAUAUAUCCCAUAAUAUGAAUCAUUCAGAUCAUGGAAUAUAUGAGUCAGUCGAAUGA